GCGCUUGCGUGGAGAGCGCGGAAAUGGCGGUACCCCCGCGGAAAGUGUUCGUGUGGGAGGACGGCACCCCCAUGCGCUUCUACAUACGGCCCGGGAUGGCCAAACUGCGCCUGGCGCCGCUGCUGCUGGCGGGGGGCGCGGGGCUGUGCCGCGUACAGGAGCCGGGCGCCGUGCACCUGGUGCAGCCUGGGGAGCCAGCGCCUGAUGGGGCCGUCUCCACCGAGUACGUGAUGGCGUGCGUGGAGAGCCAGCGGAGGCUGCCGCUGGACCGCUACUGGCACAGCGGCCCCGCGCCGCCAGCCGCCUCUCCGCGCGGCCGUCUCCCCUUCACUGAGGCGGAGGAUGUAGCGCUGCUGCGGGCCGUGCGCGAGCGGAGCGGGGCGCGGGUGAGCGGCACGGCGCUCUGGAAGGAACUGGAGUGCGCUGGGCUGACGCGGCACAGCUGGCAGGCCAUGCGCGACCGCUACCUGCGGCACCUGCGGCCGCUGCACCGGGAGCCCCGGCAGACGGAGGAGGCCGCGGCACCGAUGGGCAUUUUCGAGGCAGCGAAUCGGGAGUUUGAGAGCUCCGAGUCAGGAAGUGACACCACAGACACUCCAGAUGAACUUCCUAUGCAAAAUGGAGGAGGAAUGUUUCCAGGUGACACAGCGUCUGGGCAGAAAACUGGACUGGGGAACUGUGCUGUCCCUGCUGCUCAAGAAGAAAAUAAACGAACAAACGUUUGUCCUGGUUCCAGCAAGGCUGAAGAAGCAGCACAAAUUAUUCAGCACUUCAUGGAGGAGUUCCACAUGGACCUGCUCUCUGUUACACAGGCCUUUCUGAAAAACAGUGGUGAAGUGGAGGCUACUUCAUACUAUUUGCAUGCAGGGCAGCGCCUGGAUGGAUACCCUGUGUGGAGCAGAGAGGACGACUUAGAAUUGCAGAAGGAUGAUGAAGAUGUCAGAAGUAAAUUGAUAGCAAAAUUUGGAGCUGAAAAUGUAGCAAGGCGAGUAGCAUUUAGGAAAAGUUAAAAUAACAAAGUAGAGUAAAAUGACUGAUCUAGGAUCUGUGGCAAUAAUUUGCUUGUUUUUUUUUUUUUUU